GGGUUUGCGCAGCCCAGGCGAGCCGGGCCACGUGAGACUUUUUGUUCCCGCCCGCCCGUCAGUUGGGCGGCUCAUUCGUCCCGAGCGCGCGUCUUUAUUGUUCCUUCGACGCAAAUACCACGAAAAACGAGAAAAAAUACCUUCCUAAAUUGUAGCCAUUCUUAAAUUUUUCAGCAGUUCUAUAAUUUUUUCAAAUUAAAAAUACCAAAUCGAAUGUGUUAAUGUAAAACAGUUUGUGUUAUAAUGUGUUAUUUAAUACGAUCGCCGUGAAAAAUGUAUGAAGUUGUUAAAAAUUCAUAAUAACAUCUCAACAGUUCUCGGGAUCCAGAAACGCUUCGGUUUGAUCAACAGGUUUCCGGAAGAUAAACCGAUGGAGACUGACAAAAUGUCAACGGCGUCAUCGACAGGCGCGGAGAGACGACCGCUACUACAGGCUUUGGUCAUCGAGCGCCGCAUUCUCUUCGCCUGCACCGUACUCGUCGGCCUCUGCACGUUUGUCUGGAUAGCAGCUGUCUGUACAGAGAAAUGGGUGCACAUUGAAGGAGGCAAAGGUGUAUAUCUUCCUUCGAGAGGUGUAUAUUUGAUAUGGAGCAACUCUGGUAUGUGGGAGAUUUGCCGAUACUUGUUCCAUCCCACGCCGACUUCGCCUGUGAAGUACAACUCUACCGUUGGUACCACAACACCUCGGCCAUACGAUGUUGAGGGUAUGGUUGGUGAAUACUUCACGAAUUGUACCAAUUAUCUCGCACAACCAGUCAUGAAGAAUGGAAAGCCAGAGGAUCCUGCCUAUGAUAUUGAUGUUGCCAAUUACGUACGAACAAUGGUUUCUUUUGGCAUCAUCAGCCUUUUCGUGAUGGCCAUGGGCUGCGGUUUCUCCACCUACACUUUCCGUAAUCCUCGUUAUAUGUUCAAGCGGCUUGCAGCGGGAAUACAUUUCAUCAGUACUUCCUGCACGUUCGUGGUGGUGCAAAUCACAAUGUCUUGCAUAGACCAUAUGAAGAAGAACCUUAGAUUCGUUUAUCCUGAGCGCGCAUACCAUUAUUACCACAUUAGUUUCUUCCUCGCCUGGUUCGUGGUCCUCGUAAAUCUCUUUGCUGCUGCGUCGUUUCUUUGGUAUUCAAGAAAAAGGAAAGGUGACAAGGCGGCUACAGAUGAACUUGCCAUGGCCGAUGAGCCAACAAUCAUCGGCCGAUGACGUAACUGGCGUCCCAUAUCCAAGCAUUCUCUCAAACCGCUUGGAAACUUUGUCAAACUUCUACUGAACAGUGCUCAAAUGACCAAUAGCUAUAUCAAUAUUUCGAAAGUCUUCCAUGUGUUUGUACUUAUAGAAACAUAGAUAUAUCUAUAGUUACAUCGAAUGCAUCUUGUAAAAAAUCCCAUAAAAAUUUAUCUGUUUGAAUUCGUUAAUGCAAUUUGUAAAUAAUUUGCAAUGUUUAUUAUCUUCGCCUUGUUAAUCUUAUAAGUAUUCGAAGCACAUAUAAAAGGUUUCACUAUUCGCUUCAAAUAUUAUUUAACACAUUAAAUGCCAUAGAAGAAACAGAAAAAAUCACGAAAAAACUUUUUGCUGGUAAUAGAUACGUAAUAUCGAAUCUUCAAAACAUAUGUAGUUUAUGGUACAAUUAGAAUGGAACCCAGCUUGGGUUCCGUAGAUAUUAUAAAAAAAAAACUUGAUUAGGUCACAGGUGCCCUACGCGUCGCUUAAAUACAGACAGGGAUCCGAUCACCGGUGACCGGAGUGGCGUUUAACGUGUUAAAUGUUAUAAAAUUUGCAAUAAUAUAUAUUAUCCUUGGACUUAUAGGAUUAACGAAGUUAGAAUGUGUUGUGCAUCUUCAUUAUUAAAUAUAUGGUGUAUUUGUGUUGGUAUAUUUUGUUCAUUUUAGCUUGAAGAUUAAUAUAAUCAAAAUAUAUAGUUGCUAUUUAGUAAUAGGAUAUAAAGUUCUUUAUGAUGUGUAUACUUAUCCAAUUGUAGUCAAACUUCUUGCAAACAAAAAUAAAACAAAAAUACAAUUAGAUACUGUUUAGUUACACACGUGUUAACCCUUUGACUGCCGGUUAUUGAUAUUAAGGACAUCAACGUACAUUUUUCUUUUAAAUAUGUAUCACCAAAACUGCUUUCGAUAUAGGUUAUAUUUGUCAAGAUCACAUUUCGGUAGGUUACGCAUAAUCAAAAUUCAAUAAUCCUGAUUUCUUCUAACGUCCAUAAUAUCUGCGGCUAUAAAAGGGUUGAUAUUAUGUUUAAGUUAAAAUGUAAUUAAAACACUUUAAAGUUUUUUUUAUUGUUGGUUUAUGGUUGUAUAACUUUAUGCUAUUUCUUAACGAUGAUGUUUGACUUCACAAGGUCAUUGUUCAAGUAGGGACCAUCGCAGUGCCUGUGUCUUCUACGAGACUGUGUUCAAACAUUUCGUUCUUUAAGAGGUUUAGUAAA